AUGCGCAGUUUCGGGUGGAAUUGGAGAAUGGACACGUUGUUCUGGCCUAUUGUCCGGCAAGAUGCGAAGAAACUACAUUCGCGUGUUUCUUGGCGACAAGGUGAGAGUCGAUAUGAGUCCCUAUGA